AUGGGAGCAUGCGGAAAAUGUGACCAUCCGGACAACGACGAAAUGGUCUGUUGUGAUGAAUGUGAGUCGUGGUGGCACUACGGCUGUGUAGGUGAGUCCCCCGGAGUGGCGAACCGCGAGUUCAGGUGCGAGAAAUGUGCGGUUAAAAAGGGAAAGAAAGGGAAAAAGUCCGUUAAGAAUAUCGUUCCGGCUUUACCGAACCCUGGACUACCUUUGACACCGAAUCCCACCAAUCCACUGAUCUCUGGGGAUGCUUGCAAGGAUGAAUCUACUACAACAGAUCGCCAUAGUAAAGCCGAGAAGAUUGCGCCGUCCGUAGCCGGAGAUGAUGCUAAAUCUGUUAUGUCGAGUACCAGUAAACGAUCCGCUUCUAGAUUACAAUUGGAGAUUCGCCGCGUGGAGGAAGAAUUGCGUAUGAAAGAACGGCAGCUGGAAGAAGACCGACUAAUCCGUGAAAAACAACUCGAAAUGGAGAGAACGAUAGCACAGAAAAGGCUGCAGCAGGAGAAAAAACUGCAAGAGCAAAUGCUUGCCCAAGAAGAAGAGCUGCUGCGACAACGUUUAGCAGAGGAGGUUGCUUUCCAGCAUCAACAAAGAGCGCUGCGGGAGAAAUAUCAAAAGGAACGGUUCGAUAUACUGGCAAACGAGCUGGAUGCAGAAGAGGGAGCAGUUGGUGGAGAGAGGCACGGACAGGGUAACCUAGAUAGAGUGCACGAAUGGCUUGCCGAUAACAGAAUUCAGGAAAACCAUAAAGACCGUGAGAAUCUGCAAGUAUUACCCAUUGAGCCGGGUACGCCAAAAAGGAAUCCAGGAAUACCGAUUACAGCAGCACGAAAAACCGCAAUACCGCCACGUCCACAAAAUAUGGAGCUUAGAAAUCCUAUAAAAGAUACAGGCGAUGAAGAUAGUGCAUCCGUUUCGACCGUUGAUUCCGCGGGACCUACACGUGCACAACGAGCAGCGCGACAGGUAUUGUCUAAAAAGUUACCAACGUUCAGCGGACGUGUCGAAGAGUGGCCGCUAUUUUAUAGCAGCUACGUGAACUCUACAGCGGCAUGUGGAUUCACUAAUAUAGAAAAUCUUGUCCGUCUUCAGGAAUGCCUCAAAGGACCCGCGUUAGAUUCUGUGCGCAGUCGUUUGUUACUACCAGGCUCCGUGCCACAAGUGAUACAUACUUUGCAAAUGCUUUACGGCAGGCCCGAGCAGGUAAUUCAUUCGCUGCUGAAUAACGUUAGGAAAACGAAGGCACCUGAGCAAGAUCAUUUAGAAACGUUUAUACCGUUUGGGCUAGCGGUACAGGAAUUAUGUGAUCACCUAGAUGCUACAGAUCUUCGGGAUUACCUUACCAGUCCAAUUUUGAUACAAGAAUUAAUAGACAGGUUACCAGAUAAUACCAAGCGUGAAUGGGUACAGUUCAAAAGCUGUGAAAGCCGCGUUACUCUCAGGACCUUUGCAGAUUUUACCACAAAAAUAAUGUCAGAGGCAAGCGAGGUUCUUCUUGUUGUUGACACGAAAGCACGAGGACUGCGAAAACCUGAUAGGCCUAAAGACAAGGGAUUCCUCCAUGCACAUCGAGAAAACGAAGAAGGGGAAAAGUAUCAACCCCAGUGCCGCAUCUGCUUGAAAAAUGGACAUCGAGUUCGUAAUUGUGAUGCUUUUCGUUGUAUGAACCUGGCGGAGCGUAUAAAGCUGAAGGAACAAUAUAAAUUAUGUGAACGGUGUCUAAAUGAGCACGAAGGUUGGUGCAAAUUCAAAAUUACCUGCAACGUUGGUAGGUGUCGCGAACGUCAUCAUCCACUGGUUCACCGUAUGGCGUUUCAGCCGAAUAUUCCAAACCCUGUUACGUUGCCAGCAGCACAUCAUCAUGCUCACGGAACUGAACAACGUUCAAUAAUAUUCAGAAUAGUUCCGGUCACACUGUACCAUAAGCGAAAGGCAGUGGCUACUCUCGCAUACUUAGAUGAGGGAUCGUCUAUGACCCUUGUGGAGGAACAGAUUAUUACCGAGCUCGGAAUGACGGGUAAGCCACAACCAUUAACGUUGCAGUGGACAGGGAACAUCACCCGGCAAGAGCUGGGAUCAGAAUGUGUCUCAUUGCAAAUCUCGGGAAGCAACGAGGCAGAGAAAAUGACUUUGAGUGAGGCUCGAACGGUGAAAAAACUCUACUUGCCAAAACAACGAAUCGAUUUUGCGGAUAUCGUUAAUCGUUAUGAACACUUAAAUGGACUUUAUGCAGAAAAUCAAAUUGGAAACGAGUCUAAAAUUCUCAUAGGACUAAAUAACGUCCACCUGCUGGCGCCUCUAGAAUCACGUGUAGGAAGGACCAAUGAACCAAUAGCGGUCAGGUCACAGCUUGGAUGGACUAUUUACGGGCCAAGAGGAAUAUCGUCUACUAAUGGGUUUUUAGGUUGUCACUAUGAUCUAACUAACCAGAAGCUCCAUGAUCAAAUGCGUGAAUACUUUGCAGUAGAAGAAGCAGGAAUUACCGUUAACCAACUUCCAGAGUCUAAAGACGAACGACGAGCGAAAGAGCUGCUGGAGGUCACAACAGUUCGAAUCAAUGGACACUUUGAGACAGGACUAUUAUGGAAGUCAGACACCUUCCAAUUUCCGGAUAGCUACGCGAUGGCGUAUAGACGGUUAUGCAGCCUGGAACGCCGUCUUAGAAAAAAUCCUACACUUGAGCAGACUGUACGUAAAUUAAUAGACGAAUAUCAGGCGAAAAACUACGCGCAUAAGGCUACGGUUCAGGAAUUAGUAUCAGCAGACCCACAAAAGAUGUGGUAUUUACCGCUCAGUAUAGUUCUUCAUCCCAAAAAGCCUAACAAAGUUCGGCUGGUAUGGGACGCCGCUGCCCAGGUGAAUGGCGUGUCGCUAAAUUCCAUGCUGCUCACCGGCCCGGACAUGCUAACUUCGUUACCAGCUAUAAUUCAGCAAUUUCGGGUGCGAGCGAUAGCCUUUGGAGCGGACAUCAGGGAAAUGUUUCAUCAGCUGCGCAUUAGGCAAGCUGACAAACAUGCGCAGCGAUUCCUUUUCCGGACUGACCCUUCAGCAGAACCGGACAUUUUUCUCAUGGACGUCGCAACAUUUGGUGCGGCCUGUUCUCCUGCAUCGGCUCAAUAUAUUAAGAACUUAAACGCUUCCCAACAUGCAGAAGAGUUCCCGGAUGCGGCUAAAGCCAUAAUAUGUCGGCAUUACGUCGAUGAUUAUCUCGACAGCACUGAUACGGUGGAAGAGGCGGUGGAACGAGCUCAAAAGGUGCGAUUUGUGCAUGCCCAGGCCGGAUUCGACAUCCGUAAUUGGAUAUCAAACUCGACAACAUUCUUGCAGGCCCUGGGAGAAAAUGCUGUUAAAAAUCAAAUCCCGCUGCAGAUGAACGAAAAGGCGACCGAACGAGUUCUGGGAAUUAUAUGGAAUCCCCAUCAGGAUUAUUUCACUUUCUCAACGAGUGUACAUGUGGACCUUCAACCGUACCUUACGGGCGAUAGGCGUCCCACCAAGAGGAUGGCUCUCCGCUGCAUAAUGAGCCUCUUUGAUCCAGUUGGACUAUUGGCACCUUUCACCAUCCAGGGAAAAAUUCUGUUACAAGAUUUGUGGCGUACAGGAUGCGAGUGGGAUCAACUAAUGAACGACAGCUGUUUUGCAAACUGGUCCCAGUGGAGCGCAACGUUUCCAUAUCUCGAGAACGUGAAAAUUCCUCGCUGUUACCUGAAACGCGCUGAUGCAACCGCUUAUGACACCCUCCAACAUCAUGUGUUUGUCGACGCCAGUGAGCAGGCAUACGGAGCUGUGUCGUAUUUUCGCAUCGAUACCUCAAACGGACCCCACUGCGCAUUAAUAAUGGCAAAAACCAAAGUAGCACCAUUGAAGCAGCUAUCGAUUCCGCGCAUGGAACUGCAGGCGGCAGUUAUAGGCGCGAGACUAAUUAACACUGUUGAAGCUAAUCAUGGACUGAAGGUCAAAAAGCGGGUACUCUGGACAGAUUCUCGAAAUGUCCUGUCUUGGAUCCGUUCCGAGCAACGGCGAUACAAACCCUUUGUUGCAUUCCGAAUCGGCGAAAUUCUGCUAGAAACAAAAAUCGACGAAUGGCGCUGGGUGCCAACCAAAGCAAACAUAGCGGAUAUUCUCACUAAAUGGGACAAGGAAUCGUUUAAUUUAGCUGGACCAUGGCUAAAUGGACCUCAAUUUCUUCAGCUUCCUGAGGAGCUCUGGCCGAAGCAAACCUUGCCACCGCCGAAUACGAAUGAAGAGGUGCGAGGCUGUUACAUGUUUCACACGGCGAUGGACCAUCAGCCGCUGAUUGACGUCACACGCAUAUCAACAUGGACAAUACUGCUACGGACUAUCUGCUAUGCUCUUCGGUUUGUAUCAAACUGCCGGCGCAAGGUUGCUGGCUUGCCUAUUGAAGUUGUUCCGCAAUUACCCGGCAGAAUAUUGAGUUUGGUUAUCCGUUCGUCAAAAUCCGUCAUCGUUCCACUUAAACAGGAGGAAUAUGAGCUCGCUGAGACCAUUCUAUGGAAAAUUGCGCAACAUGAACACUUUUCUUGUGAGCUGGCGAUACUAACGAAAAACCUUAAUUUGCCUAUGGAAAUGCGGAAACCGAUCGAGAAGAACAGUGUCAUUUACCGAGCGUCUCCAUUUCUAGACGAACAAUAUGUUCUACGGAUGGAUGGAAGGACGAAGAUGGCUGAGUUUAUUCCCUACGAUAUCAGAUUUCCCAUCAUACUCCCGAGAAACUGUGAAAUUACAAGACAGCUGUUGUUUCACUACCAUUGCAAAUAUGGUCACGCAAAUAGAGAAACCGUUUUCAACGAAAUCCGACGUCGAUUCUACAUUCCCAAACUACGAACCUAUUUAGCGUCAACAGUGAAGGAUUGCCAACUGUGUAAAAUACGCAAUUGCAGACCGCAGAUUCCAGAAAUGGCUCCGCUUCCCGUAGAGCGGUUGACACCGUUCUUGAAACCAUUCAGCCAUGUUGGCGUUGAUUAUUUUGGACCGGUGGAAGUAUCGGUUAACCGUCGUAUCGAGAAAAGGUGGAUCGUUUUAUUUACGUGCCUGUCUGUUAGGGCUAUACACAUGGAGGUGGCGCACAGGCUCGACACCGACUCCUGUAUCAUGGCGAUACGCAGAUUUGUUUUACGAAGAGGAGCUCCGAUUAGCAUAUUUUCGGAUAACGGCACUAAUUUGAAAGCCGCCAGCAAAGAACUCCAGAAACAAAUUCGGCAAAUCGAUACGGCAUGCGCAAACGUAUUUACAAAUGCUCGAACCCGUUGGUCGUUUAAUCCUCCUUCUGCCCCUCACAUGGGGGGCAUUUGGGAGCGCAUGGUACGAGCGGUCAAAGUGACAAUGGCAACGCUGAGCGCAAAGCACCGAAUGAACGACGAGAUACUGCUGACUGUUAUCGCUGAAGCUGAGGAAAUCGUGAACCGCAGGCCUUUGGUCUAUGUACCACAAUAA